AUGUAUGUCUGUCUACAACCACUGAGGAGUGGUUUCAUCAAAGGGUGCAGGCCCCUCAUUGGUGUUGAUGGGUGUCAUCUUAAAGGAGCAUACCAGGACAAAUGCUUGUGGCUGUUGGCAAAGAUGGAAACAAUAACAUAUAUCCACUUGCCUGAGCUACAGUUGAAGUGGAGAAUAAGGACAUAUGGUGCUAGUCUCCUUGAAGCCCUUGAAUUGCAAGUCCAAUUUGCUGAGAAGAGGUUCUGUGUCAGGAAUAUCUGGGUCAACUUCAAGCUUCAAUUCAGUGGAUCAACCUUCAAAGAGCUCUUCUGGAAUGCUGCUAGGGCUACAACAUUGGCUGACUUUGAGGUGGCAAUGGAAUCCAUAAAAUUCCUAUCUGAAGAUGCAUAUGUGUAUCUAGAUAACAUUCCUGCUAAGCACUGGUCUAGGCAUGCAUUUUCUUCUGAUUGCAAAUCUAAUAUGCUAUUGAACAAUGUCUGUGAGACAUUCAAUGCUGUUAUAAGAGAUGCAAGGGACAAGCCAAUACUCACUCAAAUGGAGUGGAUGAGAAGGUAUAUGAUGAAGAGGCAUAAUGAGAAAUGGGAGGUUGCCAACAAAAUGGAUGGGAAGGUGGUGCCCUAUGUGACUAAGCUUUUUGAGAGGGUUGAGAGGGCUGCAAGGCACUACAUAGUGCAGGUUUCAAGAGGAGACUCUUAUGAGGUUGAGCUCAAUGGGGAUAGAGUGCUAGUUGACAUAGGUAACAUGACUUGCACAUGUUACCAUUGGCAGUUAACUGGUAUUUCAUGUGUACAUGGGUUUGCAUGCAUAUUGGACAAGAGGGUGGACCUAGAAGACUUUGUGGAUGUGUAUUACACAAGGCAGAAAUAUCUGUAUGCAUAUGAGGAACCUGUGAAGCCUAUGCCUGGACCCAAGCAUUAG